ACGUCUCCCAGGCUUGUAACAUCCUGAGAUGUAGCGGAAACAGCUUCCAGGGCCCCUCCCAGUAGAAAAUUAACACGAAUGACGUGCCCUGUUUCUAUGGAGACAUCUGUGAUGCCAUACACUGCUCCCAGGAUCCGAGAGGACAUGGAAUUUCAGAAGCUGGUCUCCUGCUGGCCUGUGUCAGGGGCAACUCCACGCUGGGGGCCGUGCUCCCCUCACACCCUGCUCCAGACCGAGAUGCCCAUAGGAGCAGUCUGUCUAAGUUAUCAUUCAGGAGGCAACCCUUGGUCCUUUUGUCCCACCCUCCCGAUGUUGCCUAUCGGAACCAGCACACCCAAGAAGCGGAGUCUGGCGCCCAACUUGAUGGAGAAGGGCCUGAUGGUCCUCCGGAGUGUGGCCAGCCGGGACUACCAGGCCCCAGAAUGGAAACUUCGCCAGAAACAGCGCUCCCUCAGCAAGUCGGCUCAGGCCAUCAGCAGCUACUACAGGAAGAUGGUAUGGGGUCUCGAGGGAGGGUGGCCGGCCACGUGCAGCUCACUUGGAGAUGACCUGCUUCUCCUGCUUGACGAAAGGCCUCACGGGCUGGUCAGCCCAUACAGCAUUCCAAAUAUGUUUUGCGAAUCCAGGCAAGUCGCCAGUGCCGAGGACACCAGCUUUGUGUCUGGAAUGGAGGAACUACGAAAGGCAUUUCUCAUGCGUCCUGGCUGCCCCCAGUUUAGCACCAGGGCCACGUCCAUGUCUCACUUUGGUUCAGCCACGACCGUCGCUCUGCCAGAGGAACUGUGUGUCAGCCCCAGGACCUGGAGGAAGAGUGAUGACUUAUUCGACAGCCAGCAGGGUUCAGAUGUGAAGGCGGACGGGCACCUGCUCCCCUUCAGCAAGAGUGCCUGCGAGUUCAAUUACUUGCGGAAGAAGAGCGAAGAGUUGAGCCCGGUCACCAGCACCUCGGUCCUAGAGCAGAGCCACCCGACAAAGCAGACACCCUGGUACAUCUCGGUCAUCCACGAGAAGGACCGCUGCCUGUUCACGCUGGGGGAGGAAGUCCAGCGCCUCUCUGAGCUGCAGGUGCAGGUUCAGAAGAAAGACGAGGAGAUCUUGGCCCUCCAGGAGGAGCGGGAGGCCCUGAAGAGGCAGCUGAAAUACCUCCUCAAAAGCAAAGGCGAAGAGGCCUCAGGGUACCAGGGCAUGCGGGAGCGGUCCUCAGAGUCUGCACCAAAGGUGGUGGGGAGGCUGAGCAUCCUGAAAUCGUUCUACAGAGAUGAGGAGGAGCAGCACUGGUGGCGGCACAGUGCCCCUGCCCAGCAUCCAUCCCUCUCUCAGAUGCAAGAGGAGUAUGCCGUGAGCGACAGAGGCAAGGACCUGGAGGCAGGCGGUGUUGAAGAGGAAGAGAGCCUGGAAGGGGAGGCCGAGAGGGCAGCGGACAAGGGAGCACAGGACCAUGAGGGUGGGACGGGGUCUGUGCAAGAGGAAAGAGGUCAGGAGGAGGAGGAGGAAGUGGAAGUGGAAGAGGAAAAGGAGGUGCAGGAGGAGGAGGACGCCGACGCCAACCUCGGCAGGAAGAGGACUUGGUCCCUGGACGAGGUGUUUGAGCAGGAGCUGAUGGCGCAGCUGGAGGAGUAUGAGCAGGUGAUCCAGGAGUUCCAGUUCGAGCUGGAGAUCACUAAGACCAGAUACUCCCUUGCAAUAGGGGUCAUCACAUCUUUGCAACGACAAGUGGAUUUCCAAGAAUCCCAGCUGCAAAAGAUCAACACGGAAAACGAGAUGCUGGAGAAGGAGCUGCGAGAGCGGAAGCGUCAGUUACAGGCCAUGUCGGACAAGUUCUCCAACCUCCGAGAAGACAAGAAGCACACAGAGAUGAUGGGGCUCAUUGAGAAGGACAACCAUCUUCUCCGACAGAAAGUGUUGGAGCUGGAGAGUGAACUCACCAAGCGGGAGCAGACCAUCUCGGAGUGUGACGCCAAGGUCAGCCAGCUGCAGGCCCAGGUGGACCUGAACCAGAAGCACCUGCAGAGAUGGAAGCAGCUGCAGGAGGAGAUGCAGAACAAGAAUGAGAUGGUCCAGCAGGCAGAGCAGCGGGCCCUCAUGGCCCUGGAGAUCGCCCACUCCAGGCUUGAAAGACUGAGAAACAAGAUCAUCCAGGCCACCUUCAGCACCUCAGGCAUCAAGUCCUUGGCCACCGAGAUCUCUGACAAUGACAUCCUGGAAGUCCUACAGAAGAUCAUCUCGGAGAGAACCGACUACUACAAUCAGUUGAAAAUGAAAGGGGUCAAAGUUCCUCCCCUGCAGCAGCUGGAAAUCUUAUCCUCGGUGGGCAAACCCAAGAAGCCGGCCGCCAAGUAGGCCCCGCCCCACCCCCAGGUCUGGCCGGCCGCGGAGGCAGGACCCGCUGGGGAAGCGUCCCUGCGCCCUGCGGCCCCGCCUCUGCGCGCUGAUUCCGGAGUAAACCUUGCUGUUGGCCACGGUCUCACCUUUUCCUUCCUGGGACUCAGAGGAGGCUUGGGCUAUAUCGACACCCCUGAUUCCAAUACUCACUCCUUGGGGGUCAGCACAGCAGCCCGCACCCCUGGCUCCUUACUGAGGAGACCCCACACUGAGAAGGGUCCUUCCGGUGGUCCCAGGUUUAGGAGGCCUGAGCCUGGGCUCCUGUCCACGGCAGUUCAGAUCAGACCCCGCAUCUGUCCUUUCCUUCUGCCAGCUGCACACACCUCUGAGGGCGCCCUGCCAUGGGGGCUCCCCUAGCAGUGGAAGAAGGUGGGUGGAGGUGGGGCACCUCCGCUCCCACCCCCGCUGCUGGAAUGAGAGCCCCGGGAGGGCAGGUUUGUCUGUGUUGGCCACCGAUGUCUGUCUCCAGCGCACAGCAGGCUUCAGGCAUAUAACCACGUGCGGAAAGAAGGCGUCGGUCACGGCAUCUUCUCUCUGCUCUCCACGCCGCCGUCCACGCAUCCUCCCAUUCACGCAGCACCUGCUUGCUGAGCGCGGACCCUGCGCGUGGCCGCCCCGCCCCGGCCUCUGGCCCCUGGUAGCGAGCUCAAGGACAACCCCAGCCGGGGCUCCGAACAGGGCGCGCCGAGCCCCGCGCAGGCCCCGGGGCGCCCCAGGGGAGCCGCCUCGUCUCUGUUCAAACCCAGACGGCCGGAGGCUCUCGGAGCUCCGCUUCUGCCUUCGAGCCGAGUCAGCUGGGUCUGGGGGGAGGACCGGGCGCCAGCGCAGGGCUGCAGCAGUGGGGAGGGCCGCGGAGAUCCUGGCCGCGGCCGGGCCUUGGGAGGCGCCUCUCGUUGCGGCCCCUAGCCCCUGCGGCCCCUAGCCCCCUAGCCCCGGCAGCAAGCACCUCCUCCGCGGCGCGGUCAGCUCCCCAGCUCGCUCCACCCCG